CCGGAAGUGUACUGGCUUGCGCAUGGCCAGAAGGUAGUUCCGGGGUUGGGAUAUUCGUUCCCAGUGUUCAGUUGUCAUGGUUGGUGGGCAGUAAAUCAAGAUGCUGCGGAAUCUGCUGGCUCUUCGUCAGAUUGCCCAGAGGACCAUAAAUACUGCUUCACGCAGGCAGUUUGAAAAUAAAGUUCCAGAGAAACAAAAGCUAUUUCAGGAGGAUAAUGGAAUUCCAGUGCAUCUAAAGGGUGGAGUAGCUGAUGCCCUCCUGUAUAGAGCUACCAUGAUUCUUACAGUUGGUGGAACAGCAUAUGCCAUAUAUCAACUGGCUAUGGCUUCCUUUCCCAAGAAGCAAGAUUGACUUCAGGUUAUCUUCCCAGCAAUCAGUUUGUUCAGUUUCAUUCAGCUCUCUAUGGACCAGUAAACUGAUAAAUAACUGAAUUCUUGGGGGAUUAAUAUUUAUUGACUUGUACUAACUGCCACCAAUAAAGCAGUCUUCACCAUG